AUGGAUGGACUAGAUGCAAGUGCCCACUACACACAGGGCCCUGAUGACGACAAGCCCUCUCUUCUUGUUCUUAUCCUCGACACAAAUCCCUACGCUUGGUCACAGUUGCACCCAGUUCUCCCUCUUCCUCGUGCCCUCGCAUCGAUUCUUCUCUUCCUCAAUGCACACCUAGCCUUCUCGCACGCAAAUCGCGUCGCCGUGAUCGCCUCACACACAAGGGAAGCUGUGUUCCUAUACCCCAGCACCACCCCUACACCCCCAACCGACAAUGAUCCCAUGCGCGAUGCCAACAAAUAUCGCCAGUUCCGCAUCGUCGAAGACGAAGUACAGGCCUCGUUCCGCAAACUCAUGGCGGAAACCACUACCGAGAGCUUGGCUGGCACGAACGAGACUAUGAUGGCAGGGGCGUUGUCAUUGGCGUUGGCAUAUAUUAAUCGGCUGUGUAUGUCAUCGGAAGAUGGUCAGGGAGGACAUACAGGAGGAAACAGGACGGCAAAUGGGACCAGGGAUGCGGAUAUGACCACCAUGAAUGCGAGGAUUCUAGUUCUAAGUGUGUCUGGUGAUUUGUCUACGCAAUAUGUAUCAAUGAUGAAUUCGAUGUUUGCAGCUCAGAGGAAGGUAUAA